UCCCGAUUACACUCUGGACCGAUACACUUCCGUCACUCCCGUCCUUCCUCCCGAGGGUACGGUUGCAGCCCAAGCGAAAACAGCCGCCACGGAGGACUUCAACAGCCCCGCCUCCUCUCCGGAGGAUCAAUUUACCAAGGUUUUCUAUCCCCCUGAUGGAGCCUCUGCCAUUUUCGAGGGUGCGACUAACCAAGUCAUUUUUCAUUACAAGUACAAAUCCUAUGGCAAGUUCGAGAUCGUCGAGAGUGAUCCCCUACAGUACGCAGCUCCUACAGUACCUCAUACAGUACGCAGCUCCAUUCCUAGCGGACUGCUACGAUAAUCCGUCCUCCUACAGUACGCAGCUCCAUUCCUAGCGGACUGCUACGAUAAUCCGUCCUCCUGUCCAGCCUCAUCUCAAUCCUUGGGAGACCUCCAGACCAGCCUUGCCAUGUUCAACACUUCCCUAAUGGACAAGCUCGGAUUUUCAGCGACCAUGAACCCGCCCACCAUCCACCUCCAUAAGCAGUCCUCCCUCCACGGGGACCUCCUCAAGGCUCUUAACAAACACCGCCUAGCACGAACGGCCCAAAAAGACCUUCUCAAACUGGUCAAAGGUGUUCCCUCCGCGGACAUCCUGAAGCGCCUCGCAACUUCCAAAGACCAGCCACUCACACCCAAGGUGCAACGGUUCCUCACCGUCACUGCAGCGGACGCUGCUGACUCUGUUAUUACCUUUCUAAACCUUUCCACAGCGGCAAGCUUCAAUCACAUUACGGAUCUUCCAACGGCUUACGCCUAUCUCACGCUUCCCCAGCACCAUAUGCUCGCUCUCUUUCAUUCUCUGAAGGAGGAACUUUUGUUCCUGAUUGGCACUUACAGUUUCAUUGCCUCGUCUCACGAAUCGCUCAAAUCUGAAAGGAACGCCAUACAUACCAAGCUUCCUUCCCACUCCGACUGGCUGACCCACAACCUCCGGUGGUCAGCAUAUGGCUACAAGUCGUUUGCUAAGAUGGCCAUUCCCGUCGCAGAGAAACUCGUAGCCGUCACCCUUCUGCUCCGCAUGGACUCGCUUUCUUACCAGCGUGCAUCCCAUCUCAGCGACCUUCUUGUCUACAACGAUGAUAUUGUUGGGCCAGCGAUCCUCCCUCUUGCAGGCAAAGGAUCCUUUGAUGCUGCUAUCCGGGACCACGUUCUGAAGGUGGUUCCCUCCUCUAAGGGUUGAUUCACACUGGCGUUCCGGUCACGUUCCGUUCUCGCUCCGAUCACGGUACGGUCGAAUAUUGUCUCAUUAAUUUCAGUGCAAGCAUUCACACUGGCGUUCACGCUCCGUUCUCGCUCCGAUCACGGUCCGGUCACGGUUCCCUCAAAAGAUAUUUUGACCGGAGCGAGACCGACACGUGAACGGAACUUGAUCGCCAGUGUGAACGCUGCCCACGGUCCUGCACCGAUCCUGUUCCACUCCAGUCGAGUGUCAGCCUUCAUUUAAGUAAGUAGUGUUGCAUUUUGGUCCUACCAAAUCAUGGAUAAUCCAAAGAAAACACUACAAUGGGAUCAUGCAAAAGAUGAAAUGCUAAUAGAAUUAGUCAAAGGUAAACCAGAGCUGUAUGACCUGACUUCGCUGCAAUACAGUGACAACGUGGCGAAAAGAGGCUGGGUCGAAAUAAGCAGGCAGAUGGGAUGUGAAGGGUCUAAGUGUAAGGAACGCUGGGAAUCCCUGCGAGCACAGUAUCGUAAACACAAAAAUAAGAAAACAAAGAGUGGGCAGGCUGCUGAUGGCUUCCAGAAAUGGAAGUUUGAGGAUCAAAUGUCGCUUUUGUUGGCAUUUACGAAGGACAGAACACGAGUUACAUCUCUGGAAAAGGCUGAAAAUGAAGCAGAAUAUUCAGAUAAUUCAGAACACGAUGACACACAAGAAAGAGCACUAGGCGACGAGGCUAGUGGUGUUGCACCAGAUAGGCCUACACUCCCUCAGCAAGAGCGUCUCACGCGUAAAAGAAAGACACAGGAAAAUAACAGUGCAUCUGCUACACUUAUGAAAUACUUAGUAGAUAAGAAGAAGGAAGAACAUGCCCCACAAAUAAUAGAUACUUUCUUUUCAUUGAUGUCAAAUACUGUCAAGAAAUUCACUCCAGCUGAUCAGCAUUACUCGUAUAUUAAAACAAAAGUGUUUUUAUUAGUAAGUGAAAUGGAAGAAAAGUACAUUCAUUACCAGAGUGAACAGGCAUACGCACAGUAUGUAUGCCCCCAACCUGCAGCAUCACCUGCUGUGUCGCAGUACUCCACUUCAUUAUCUGCAAGUCCUCAACCUAUACAACAAUUUCAUCAAGCAACACGGAGUCAGGAGAACACCCACGGGGUGCCAUCACCUCCGCAGCCUGCAUGCACUUCACAGUGGUUUAACCAACAUGAUCCUUCUUCUUUCUCUUCAUAAUUAUUGUAGCCUACAGUCAAUGUAACAACAAAAGGAAUAAUAAAUGAUGAUUAUC